AUGAGCACAUUACGAUCACCACCUGGACGUGGAAGCUCUCAACCCGAUUUAUCGAUGUUAAAUGCUGAAACAACCGACUUACAACACACACUUUUUCGGGCAAAGAGAAAGUAUCCUGAACAUGAAUGUAUCAGCUCUGAACAGUUUGCCGAUUUUCGCAAAGAAAUGACCAGUAUUUUGAGAGACUUUGUUGAGUCUCAAAACAAAGUUCUGGGUAAGAUAUCUGAUGAUGUUUCUGUAAUAAAAGAAGAAAUAAAAAAUUUACAACUUACUAUACAAAAUAUAAUUACUGAACAUAACAAACUUAAAUUUGAUGUUACUGAUCUGGAGGCAUCCCAAGUUGAUACAAAAGAAAAAAUUGAUAAAUUAGAAGCUAACAUUGAAGAGUUAAAAACAAAAUCGGACAACAAAAGUAUUGCAGUGGAUUUAAGCUGCGAUGAAAUUUUUUCUGAAUUACAAGAACGACAUCUUAGAGAGAAAAAUUUGGUAAUUGUGGGAGUCCCAGAGGCUAAAGGAGAGAACUCCAAACAAAGAUAUACAUCUGAUAUGGGUGAAAUUAUAAAAAUAAUAAAAAAAUCAUGUCCUGAUCCUAUACAAGUGCGACGUAUUGGCAAAUAUAACCACAAGAAAACCCGACCAAUAAAAGAAGGCUAUUUCCCUGACUCACUGAAGCUUGCCAAAGUCACUCCAGUCUAUAAAUCGGGACCUAAGCAUGAGCCAGGCAACUACAGACCAAUAUCAGUACUUCCUACUAUAUCAAAAGUUUUUGAGAAAAUUUUACAUAAGCGCCUUAGUGACUAUUUAAUCUUAAACAAACACCUCUAUGAGCAUCAGUAUGGCUUCAGAUCAAAAUCAAACACCCUUUCAGCAUCAAUUGAUCUCAUUACAAAACUUAAAACCAGUAUAGACCAAAAACAUAUAGCCCUUGGAGUUUUUAUUGAUCUAAAGAAGGCAUUUGACAGUAAGCCAUGA